UUCCGUCAAGAUGUUCAUGAAACUGCUGCUUCUUGCGAUCGUCCUGGUUGGGUUCGCCCAAGCUGACGUUCCCGGAACGUUGGUGUCCUCAGCAAAGGCCGGUGCCAGACGAUCGCUCGCCAGAAGCACGCAACAGUGCGAUGGAGUGAACUUUCUUCCUCCCAGUUGCGAUAGUUGCACCUCAAUCCAAGCCUGCAUGGGUCCGGUUGGAACCGUGUACCGGGAUUGCGAACUUUUGAAUCCAGAAAAGCCGUUCUGUAACAAUGGUGAAUGUUCUGCAACACCAUCACUCGGGGAUCACUGUAUUCCGAAUCAAAUUAAUUGUCUUGGGUCUGGAUAUUAUCCAGAUGCGUUGGCGUGUAACCUGUACCACUACUGCGAUGCUGCCCACCUAUAUUCCGAUGUUUACCGAUGCCCCGACGGUUUCGUCUUCAACCCUGAAACAACCCUGUGCAAGCUUAAGAAAUCCGAAGCCGACUGUAUGAAGGUUUUCUGUAACAAAAAUGAAAUUUUGUCUCCGUACGGCACCAGCAAGCAGUUCUUUGGAUUUUGCAUGAUCUUUGAUUACAUCGUGCCAUCGAUGAUCCGGGUUGGAAAGUGUUCCCCGGGAACUGAGUUUAACGGACAAAAGUGCGUCUACAAGUGUACCGCUGCGGGACGAUUCCCGGACAGCGAAGACCCGACGGUGUUUUACGAGUGCUGGGAAAACGGAAGUGGGUUCGAGUCUGGCUCAAGCAUAUGCAACUCGGGUAAAAAGUUUGACGCGGAGAAGGGGGUGUGUAUAAUGUAGGCGAGAAA